AUCUCUAAUGCAAAUAGUGCUCUUCAACAUUAACACAUAGAUGUAGUGAAAUUAUAUAAAACGCAAUUGUUUAAUGCCAGUUUUUCUGUGGAUGGUGACGAAGUGGUUGUCAUUGUGAAUUCAUAUACAUAUGUGCGUAUGUAUGUGUGUCUGAAUGCAUGUGUACACACACACAUGCACCUAUAAAUAUGUGAACUUGUGUUGAUUUAAGUGAGCUAUGGUCAAAGGGGAGCGGUUCGAAGCCACUGUGGGGCAUAAAGUUUCGAUUUUUUUUUUUUACCCAUAUCUAUGUAUACCCACAACGCAUUUACAAUUGAUACGCUUUGGCUCCCCACACAAAGAGCGAGAGAGAGAGAGAGAGAGGCAGACGAGUGGUGAGAGUUCAAGUAAACGGGGGAGCAAAUAAAUGGUCCGUCUGAGCAUUUUACCACACUACCUCUUUGUCUGUUCAAGCGAGCUCUCGUGCUGGUAUUUUACUCGCUCGCGUUGAUGUGUAAAAUUAUUUAUUUUUCCCCCGUUGAUUUUGCAAUCGUUUGUGCCUGUGUGUAUGUGGUGUGCGCGUUAUUGUGAAUCUUGUUAACGUAUAUACAAUAAUAUGGAACGUAAUUAUCUGUAUGUGCAUAGUUAACAAAAGGCAGGCAAACAUUUUUAUGGUAUACAUAUAUAUUCAUAUAAUCGAUGUGCGUAUGCGUAUGUGUGUGUGUGCUUCAAAAAAGAGCAAUCGUCGUUGAAGUUCGACUACCAUGACUACGCAAUAGCAACAACAAGAGACAGCGAGACUUGGUUAGCUAUAAAUGAACAAAACAAAGUUUGAAUAAACAAAUUACUAAAAACAACAACAGCAACUAAGUCUCAAGCAGCAGCAGCAGCAACAGCAGCCGCAACAUGCUGAACUCCAAUGCGAAUCAUUCGGGCAACAGCCGGCGGCCAUUUUCUCGCAAUUCCUCAUCUGCGCGCUCCCAGCGCGGCCGCAUGGUCUACUCGCCGCAUCCACACGGACAGCAGCAACAGCAACAACAACAACAACAGCAACAGCAGCAGCGGAAUAACAAUAACAACAAUGGCCUUGUGCCGGGUCAUAGUCCCUGGUGCAAUGUCAAUCUGAAUCGCCACAAUAAUGACAACAGCAACAACAACAACAACAACAACAAUGCCAACAAUAACAAAGACGCAAUCGAUGGCAGAAACUCAAAUUGCGAUGUACAAACAAGUAAUUCUAGCGGAACUUGUAUUUAUAACAAUAGCAAAACGCAUCAUCACAACAACAGCCUUAACCUCAAUCACAGUCGCAAUGCCCCACAAAACAGUCAUCAGUCGCAAGCCCAACAUAACCACACACAGUAUAACAGUAACAGUAACAAUAACAGUAACAGUAACGUUAAUCAUAACAGUUAUCAUCAUUCAAUUACCAACACUGCACACAAUAACAACAAUUGCACUGAUAACAUUAGCAGCAAUAAUCUGAAUAGCUUACGAACAGCACACAAUGAAAACCACAAUCCCAAUCAGUGCCCAAAUCCCAAUCAGAGCCCAAUUGUGAAUCACGGCUAUCACAGCUAUAUUGAUAUGUGCAACAGUGCGCCGAGUGCGCCGCCCGCUUUUGGUUCAAUGUCCGUGUCCGUUGUUAGACUGAAUCCAGCACGCUUAUGUUUAACUGUUGCCGCCCCGCCCACAUCCACGCUAAUGCCUAUACCAAACCCAAAUCAGCAGCGCCGUAGCACGCCCCUUGCUCUGCUAUCCCUUCCAGCCAAUCACGAUAACAAUCAUGCCCAUAAUUUCAAUCAUAAUCAUCAAUAUCACAGCACCCAUCACAGCUACAACAAUAACAACAACAACCAACAUCACCAACCACACCAACAACAAGAACAACAACAACAACAACCGACUAAUCGCCAAUCCCUCCCGCUAACACGUACGAAUUCAAAUUCAACAACCGCAACAACUUUCAAUUCAACCAAUACAACAACAAAUAGUAACCCUACUGAUGUUGUGAAUGUCAAUUCUUGUACCGAUAUAAUUCCUCAUGGGUCGUCUGCGCCACAACAACCACAACAACAACAACAACAACACCAACAACCACAACGACAACCCCAACAAAUGUGUUCACAACGACAACAACGUCAACGACGAUCUCAAACCCAACAACAACAACAACUGUCGCCGUCGCCUCUUAUGAUAAACCACAACCAAUUGACUGAUUCUCAUAUUAACCACGCACCUAUCAAUAGCCAUAGCCAAGGACCUUCCGGCCCACAGGCAGGACCAACGGGCCAUGGGCAUCACAGCCAACGCAACUACAACAAUCGCAACGGCAACAACAACAAUAUUAUCAUCAACAGCAACAGCAACAACAAUGCGAACGGCUUAAGCAAUGGCAACAAUCCCGACUAUAUGAAUUAUCGUCGAGCUUGCCCCGCUUUGUCCCGCGACUAUCAGCAACAUCACAACAACAACAACAAUGGUAACAACAACAAUCCGGGCAAUGGCCACAACAACAACAACAACAACAACAAUCGUCGUCACAAUGGAAACUACGAUAGAAAUCCAAACAACAAUCACUUUGGCAAUGGCAGCUCGGAACAGGGUCUGGAUCAUAGAUCCGAUGGUGGCUACAGCUUUAUGCGCAGCGGCUAUGGCCGGAAUGGUCCACACUAUCAGCACAUGGGCAAUGGUUAUGGCAAUAACAAUGGUGCCUCCACAUCCGCCGCUGGUCCAGGUUUAAUGGGCGAUGUGCCCUCCGGUUCUGGUUUGUCCGGCUCCACACUUUCGCUUAACAAUGGGCUCGGACCUGGUCCCAACGGCCUGAACUCGGACAGUCCAUCGCGCAAGCGUCGCCGAAUUUCGGGACGACCAAGUCAAUCGCCGCCAGCCAUUUGGGAACCGCGACGCUCACAACGUGUCAUGAUGCAACAAGGCAGUCCACCGCUGCGUCGGCCACGCCUGCGUGAUGUGGCCACCUCCACCCAGCAGCAGCAGCAACAGCAGCAGCACCAGCAGCAAUACGCACCACAGUUGCACCACUCGCAGCAACAACAGCAGCAGGCGCCACCCAACUACCAUCCAAUGCAUCAUCAUCAGCCACAGCCGCACUAUGCGCCGCAGCAGCAACAGCAGGCGCCACAUCCGCAUCCACACCCGCAUACGCACACGCAUCGCUCACCCUGGGAUCUGGCCGGCAAUGUGCCGUCGGUGGGAAAUGCCGGCGGCAAUGUCGUUGGCGGGCCGCCCCCGAACAGCUCCGUUGGCGCGAUAUUGCAGCAGGUACCGGCACCGCCGCAGGCUCCCACUCAUCAGCAGCAAGUGAACGCUGGGCCGCCACCACCGCCACCCGCCUCGGUAAUGGUUGACCUCAAUUUGGCGUUGCGCCAUGAGCCCAUCUGGGCCUCCUUUUGCACGUAUCCGCUGCCAGCGCAGGCGCGUCUGGCGCCCUGCCAUCUGCACGGCAUCUAUACGCAGCCCUUCUCGGCGGCGCCCGCCGGCCUGGCGGCCGCCCCACUACAGGUGGCCCAGGUGCCAACGCCCACACAGGUGGCGGCUGCUGCGGCCGCGGCACAGCACAUGAUACAGCAGGCAACGAUUACGGCACAGCAGCAGCAACGAGAUGUAACCGCGAUUGCGGUGGCCAAUUUAACAUUAACUGAGCCGCCCAGUGCACAUCAUUUGGACGGGCAUCAGGCAGCCGCUGCAGCGGCGGCUGCAGCAGCCGCAGCAGCUGCUGCAUCCGUUCCAGUCGGCGGACAAGCGCCGCAUCCACAUCCACAUGCACAUCAGUUGCCGGCAAGUCACAUCCACAUCGCUUCGAUGAACGCCGCCGCUGCGGCUGCCGCACAGCAUCUACAUUCCAAUGCCGCGGCGGCGGCAGCUGCUGCCCAUGUUACCCAGAUGUCGGCGGCGGCAGCACCGCAGCAGAUAAUCAUAUCGUCGGAGCGACGCACAUUCCCGCCACAUAGGCGUUUACCGCGCUUCUGGCCGGCAAAUCAUGGUCCUCAUCGGCAUGUCCUGCCGCCGCAAUCGUUGGGACCUCAUCAGGCGCCCGUGCAGAUCCAAACCACCGCUGGCAUUAUCAAUCCAGGCUUCUUGCUCAAUUUCCUUGCCAUGUUCCCGCUGUCUCCCUAUAACCAGCACGAUCUGAGCUCCGCGGACACCAACGAGACGGAGAACUAUGAGGCGCUGCUCAGUCUGGCGGAGCGUCUGGGCGAGGCCAAGCCGCGCGGUCUCACACGCAACGAAGUUGAUCAGCUGCCCAGCUACAAGUACAAUCCGGAAGCACAUAAUGGCGAUCAAUCCUCCUGCGUGGUCUGCAUGUGCGACUUUGAACUGCGGCAGCUACUGCGCGUUUUGCCCUGCUCCCACGAGUUCCAUGCCAAGUGUGUGGAUAAAUGGCUGCGCUCGAAUCGCACGUGCCCCAUUUGUCGCGGCAAUGCCUCCGAUUACUUUGACAGUGCCGAUCAUCAGCAGCAGCAGCAGCAGCAGCAGGCGCAGGCAGCAGCUGCCACUGCGGGCACAACCACAAUAGCUGGCAACGCUGCCACGGUUGCCGGGAAUCCGGCAGUGACCGUUGCAGCAACCGGCGCCAACUCGCAGCAGAGUCAGGCCGCUUAGGGCGAUGCUUGCAACAAAGACAACACAACCAUAACCAAACGCUUUCGCCACGUCGUCCAGGUGCAGCAAGUAAUGGAGCACACACGCAAACAAAAACAAAAACAACAACAAAACACUCACAGAUAGCCUAUUUAAAUAAUUGAUAUAACGCGCAACGAAUCCAACUGCCAAAACGCUUCCCUUUAAACCAGAACACUUCAAUAGCUUGUCGUAGAACUCUACUUAGGCGGUAGUUGUAUGUAAGUAACGGUUAAUGGUAAAUGGUUUAAAAAGUACAGUAAUUUGUAACAAGAAUGUAAUUAUAAUCAAAUAUGCAUACCACCAAGAUUUCAUACAUACAUAAGGAAUACACAACACAAUUAUCGAUAAAUACAAUCGAUAGUUUUGUUAAAUGUGUUGAGAAAACUGAGAAACAAAAAAUUCAAUUCAAAAUUUACUGUUUUUUAUGUAGUACAGUGCAAGUUGAAACAAAAACAAAAUUAAAAAACUAUGUCAAUAAUGUAAUUCGGCUGCCGCCUGUGCUUAUAUUUUCCUUAUGCAUUACAUUGCAACAGCUCCAUUAAAAACGAGUGCAUACUAUACAUAUACAUAUAUACAAAACAUACAUUAUCUAUACUAAAUGGCGUAUUUUAAAAUGUUGCUGUCCACAUACAUGCAUACACACAUAUAUAUAUAUUAUAUUAAUUAACACUAUAUCUGCAAAUUACAAAAAAAAAGUGAAGAAAAUUAAAAAAAAAAUUAUAUUUGUACUUGUUUGUGCUUUAUGUUUUCUUAUAUACAUACAUGCAUACAUAAUACUUGCAUUGCAUUUUAAUUUUAUACUUACAACAAAACAAAAACAAAUAUAUAUAUCCAAUUCGUAUUUGUUGAUUUUGAAAGUGCAUGGCGGCCAUGUUGUUUGCACUCGAGAUAGAACUACAUGGAGGCCUUCGGCUGUCAGAUUCAACACGUACCCAUUGGAAAGUCCUGUAUAUUGUACGAACUGAACCCACUGAAGAAGUUCUUCUUCUUUUUGCACUAAGCAAAGAAAAGUACACAAAAAAAAAAAAAAAAAAAAACAACUUUAUAAAAACUCUUACUAUUUUUGCGUUGCAACUGUUUAAACAUUUUUAUUUUAUUACUAGUAUUAAUAACUAUAUAAACAAAGCAACUAACUCUGAAACAUAUAAGCAAUCUUUGAAAUCGACUAAAAUUAAACUAAAAAAA